AUGAUGAAAGCCCUUGACGGGUUCAAGGGCGUAUCGUACUAUAGCUGCUGGGAGCGAGCCGGAAUCAUGCGGUGGCCGCAGAGCGCUUUUUGGCUAGGUGCCAUACUGGCAACUGGUGUGCUCGCAAAUGAUGUUAAACUGGCCCACGACAACUCCAACCGACAACAAUGCUCUGGAAUGUACGGCAAGAAGGCAUGGGGCGGUGAUAUAAACCCAUUUAUCUUGCUGAGGAUGGAAAGCGUGAAAGAUAAGAAGGAUCAGAUAAUGAGCUUGGUUAUGUUUGAAUGGAAAGAUGAGGAUUUGAUUGGACGCAACUUGGCAGCAAAGGAUGGCAUGACGCAGAAGAAGCUGAUAUGUGACGCACCAAGUGUUGACGCCAAACUCUGUGCUCAAAACGAGCUUGGGUCCUUCAUUCUUGCGCCAAACGCUACCGACAAAGCGAAAUCUCCUCUUAUUUCGCUCGCCGUAAACAUGACUGAUCCCAAGCCUAUCAAAUACCCAGUGUCGAAAAGUGGUUUCUAUUGCGUCACUACCUACCCGUUCACGGAUGGUUUAGAGUACCAUGGCGUUGUGACGUUCAGGAAUGCCUAUGGGGAACUUCCUGCUACACAGGUCCCGAAGUUGCCAUUCUACGGAGGGUUGACGAUUCUCUAUGCUCUGAUGGGAGUGUUCUGGGGUUUCCUAUAUGCUCAACACCGCCAUGACAUUUUGCCCGUGCAAAACUAUAUUACCGCAAUUAUCGUUUUCCUGGUUGUAGAACAGCUCAUAACAUGGGGUUUCUAUGACUAUCAAAACAGAUAUGGCUCGAAUGCUGUUUCCAAGGUUCUAAUGGUCAUUGUGUCCAUUCUAAGUGCCGGCCGCAACUCAUUCUCAUUCUUCCUACUACUCAUUGUCUGCAUGGGCUACGGAGUCGUUAAGCCUUCUCUUGGCCGAACUAUGAUUUACGUUCGCAUCUUGGCCAUUACGCAUUUUGUCUUCGGAGUCAUCUACUCACUUGCCAGUCUUUCAAUUACGCCGGAUAGUGCUGGCCCGUUGGUCCUUCUCGUUGUCCUUCCACUUGCAGGCUCCCUAACCGCGUUCUACGUAUGGACUCUCAACUCCCUCAGCGCAACUAUGAAGGAUCUCGUGAGUAGGAAACAACAUGUGAAAGCAAUGAUGUACAAAAAGCUCUGGUGGUGUCUCUUGGGCAGCAUUGUUGUUAUCUUUGCUUUCUUUUUCAUCAACUCGUUCGUGUUCGCUAGCACAAAUGUGGCCGAUUUGAUCCCCGCCCAGUGGAAGAGCAGAUGGUUCGUUCUAGACGGUUGGUUGAACAUCGUUUACCUGUUCAACAUUGCAUAUGUCUCAUACUUGUGGCGGCCAACGGCGAACAAUAAACGGUUCGCUAUGAGUGAUGAGCUUGCCCAAGAGGAUGACGGGUUUGAAAUCCGCUCCAUCACUGAUUCUCUCGAUGAAGAAGAUGCAGUUGAGAAUACAAACGGGCGGAAAAACGACCGCUCUCCCGCCGCUGCCGCUAGUGCACAAGCGAAUAAUGGCGCCCACCAAGUCCGCCAUUCCCUUGACGGCGAGACUAUAUUCGCAGUUGGAGAGGACAUGGACAGGUGGUCUGACGAUGAUGUGUCACCAAGAAACUCGACGGAGAGGAAAAAACUGAUGCGCAAAGAUGAUUAG